UCCCCGGCCACGUGACCGGCGGGCACGUGACGGCCCUCAGGCGGCGGMGGCCGUGAUGGCGACCUACGUGAGCGAGCUGGAGGCGGCCAAGAAGAGCCUCAGCGAGGCGCUGGGCGAGAACGUGAAGCAGUACUGGGCCAACCUGAAGCUCUGGUUCAAGCAGAAGAUCAGCAAGGAGGAGUUUGACCUGGAAGCGCGCAGGCUUCUCACGCAAGACAAUGUCCACUCUCACAAUGAUUUCCUCCUGGCUAUUCUCACCCGAUGCCAGAUMUUGGUUUCUGCCCCAGAAGGUGCUGGAUCUCUACCAUGGCCAGGUGGCUCUGCAACUAAACCUGGAAAACCCAAAGGCAAGAAAAAGAUUUCUUCGGUUCGACAAAAAUUUGAUCACCGGUUCCAGCCUCAGAAUCCCCUGUCAGGAGCCCAGCAGUUUGUGGCAAAGGAUCCUCAGGAGGAUGAUGAUUUGAAGCUGUGCUCUCACACCAUGAUGCUCCCAACUCGUGGCCAGCUGGAAGGAAGGAUGAUCGUAACCGCGUACGAGCACGGGCUGGACAAUGUCACCGAGGAGGCAGUGACAGCCGUUGUUUAUGCUGUGGAGAACCAUCUCAAGGACAUUCUGACCUCUGUGAUAUCCAGGAGGAAAGCCUAUCGUCUGAGGGAUGGCCAUUUCAAGUAUGCCUUUGGAAGCAAUGUCAACCCUCAGCCAUAUCUGAAGAACAGUGUUGUUGCUUAUAACAACUUAAUUGAGUGCCCCCCAAGCAGCGCGACGCCCUCGGCGGGUCAGAGCCUGGCCCCUCCACCCGCUCCUGAUGAUGCUGAGCAGCAGGCAGCCCUGCUCCUGGCCUGCUCUGGGGACACCCUGCCAGCAUCCCUGCCUCCAGUCAACAUGUACGACCUCUUUGAGGCAUUGCAGGUACACAAAGAAGUUAUCCCUGCACACACAGUCUAUGCCCUAAACAUUGAGAGGAUUGUCAUGAAACUGUGGCAUCCAAACCACGAGGAGCUACAGCAGGACAAGAUCCAUCGGCAGCGCCUGGCAUCAAAGGAGGGCCUCCUGCUCUGCUAGAGCUGGGCAGCCCUGCCACCUCAGGUGGCUCCAGCCUGUUCCUGGGACUUGUCGUUGGGAUGCUCCUUACAAACCUGUGUCAGCAUCUCAAGGGUGAUGUAAUUUAUGAGUCAGCUUUUCCUAUGGAAAUGUGACUGAGUUGUGGGACACUUCCUCUGCUUCCCCAGAGCCAUGUGCCAUGGAGUACUUACAGCAAUGCCACUGAAUUGGAAAGAAGAAACGAGACAUUCACAAAGACUGGUUUAUAGGAAAAAUAAAUAUGGGAGUGGAAAAGAGUUGGUUUUAAAUAAGGUGAGCUUUUGUCUUCUUUUGUGAGCAUGGCGAAUAUGCCUCCUUGCCCUCCCCCUCAGGCAGUUUCCCUCCUGAGCUCAGACUCCAGAGGCCUUGUCCAGUUUCUGUUGCAGCUGGUGGGAUCCUUUUCAUUAACUGGUUACAGGGUGAGCUCUUGUCAAGACAAGCAAUUCUGUAAGCUGACGUUGUUCCUCUUCUACCAGGGGAACUUCUGAUUAGAAACUCUGACAAAACAAAGCAAAAAGGCARUUAUCUUGGUGUUGGAGACUCCUUGGAUUUGCAGCAUGAACAAAYCUCUCAUAUCACUUCCUUGUAAAAUAUGCAUUGAAAUUUGCAUCCUUGUAUUACUUCAUUAUAAAAUUAUGCAGCCGCACCUCUCCACAUGGGAGAUGUGCAGAUCACUGUCUAAAAGGAGAAAUUCUUCCUGCUGGGUUUCAUGUGCUCUCCUAUCUUCCUGAGUCAGCUGUGGGAAUGAGCUUAUAACAUGAGAAUUCUAUUGAAGUGUCUUAAUUACUGCAUGAUCUGGUUUUGACCUCRCAAUAUAGAGGUACCUGCUGAA